AUGGCCACAGUAGUUAUUCUAGGUGCCGGUUACUCUGGAAUAGGCAUCGCGCACAGGCUCCUCAAGUACACGCUGCCCAAGGUCACGGAUUUGAAAGUCAUUUUAGUCUCGCUGUCCACGCAUCACUUCUGGAAUCUGGGCUCAGUGCGGCGUGUUAUUCCUGGGGAAGUUCGAGAUGACCAGAUCUUCCGUGAGAUCGCACCUGGCUUUGAACAGUAUCCAAAAGAUGCCUUUGAGUUCGUUGUUGGCGUAGCGACUGGAUUUGAUGUGGCGGGCAACAGAGCACAAGUCAAUGUUGGCGAUGAGACAAGAGACAUCGAGUACUCUCAUCUCGUUGUCGCUACGGGCGCAUCUUAUCCGACGAAGAUGCCUUUCACAACCAUUGGACCACACGAAGAAAUGCUUGACACCUGGCGCCAGCUGCAAGCCAAAGUUGUGCAGGCAGAAUCUAUUGUCGUCUCUGGCGCUGGUCCAACUGGCAUUGAGACAGCUGCGGAACUUGCUUCCCAUUUCGGUAGCUCCAAGAGCAUCACUGUCAUUCUCGAGGGCGAAAACCCUCUCCGUGGUUUUAUGCCCCAGGUUGGGAAGAUUGCGGCAAACGACCUUGCUGGUUUUGGUGCGAAGUUGGUUCGCAAUGCACGCGCCGUCAAUUCCACCAAAACCGACAGCGGCAGGACCGUCGUGGAGCUUUCCAACGGCAGCAACCUCGAGGCGGAUCUGUACCUCCCCUUGUACGGAAGCCGGCCCAACACGCAAUUCGUGCCGCCUCAUCUCCUCGAUGAUCGCGGGAACCUCAAGCUGGAAACCAACCUACGGGUUCAAGGGCUGCACAAUGUCUGGGGAGUUGGCGACGUUGGCAAUCUGGAGAGCAAGCAGCUCAUAUACGCCGAGAGGCAAGCCCUGCAUCUUGGCAGCAAUCUACACGCCGCUCUCACGGGAGGCAAUGUGAAGCCGCUCCCAUCGACGGUUACUCCUCAAGUAUUUGUUACACUAGGGAAGCACAAAGGGACCGGGCAGUAUGGCUGGUUCAGGGUUCCCGGAUUUGGGAUCACCAAUACAAAAGGGAAGGAUUUCUUCAUGAGCAAGGGCGAUGGUCUCAUAGCUGGAAAGAAUAUCGUUCGAUCUCCAAUUUGA